AUGUCUCAAAGAUACCGCCCAUCGUCCAGCCACUCCCUUCGUGACCGUGCCACGCUCGGGCUCCCUGAGCCCUCCUCGGGGUACUUCCACACGCCCCCGCACUCCGGCCGCUCAUCGCCCUUCGACCCACAGGCGCAGGCACACACACCGAGCGGGCAUCGGUACGUGGAUGAUCUGGAGGGCCAGAACGACGAGGCGCUCGAGGGGCUAAGCGCCAAGGUCAAGCUGCUGAAGGACAUCACGAUCGGGAUUGGGAACGAGGUGCGCGAGUCGACGGUGCAACUCAGCCAGAUGAACGACGCGUUCGCAGAGACGUCCGGCAUCCUCUCGGGCACGUUCCGGCGCAUGAACAACAUGGCCGCGCGCCAGGGCUGCCGCUGGCUCUGGUACAUUGUCUUCCUCGCCAUCGUCUUCUGGUUUUUCCUCGUCGUGUGGUGGUUUCGGCGGUGA